CACUGAGGUUAAAUUGACCCCGCCUGCCUGGUGACAAGUGACGCAGACGGGUGGGCGGGACCUGAGGGAAGGAUUGUUGAAGUUUAGCUGGAGUUGUUUUGUUUGGGUCAGCCAUCGAGGCCGACGUCUUGUUAACAAUGCGACCGUUCAACAGUUUAGUGGUAAAGAAAUAACAGUCUGUAAUAUUUUCAGUAAUGGGGUCACUGAAGCUCGGACAAGAAAAUUCAGCGACGGCGGCCACAGUUGCGGAGGCCAGGUUGGUGUGCCAGGGAGUAAACAACCAGAGCUACAUCUGCGAGUCAGGUCACUGCUGUGGAGAGACGCAGUGCUGCAGCUACUACUAUGAGCUGUGGUGGUUCUGGUUGGUGUGGACUCUGAUCAUUAUCCUGACAUGUUGCUGUGUUUGUCAGCAUUGGCGCUCCAAGCAGCGCUUCCAGCAGCAGCGCCGUCAGAACGAGAUCAACCUCAUUGCUUACAGAGAGGCUCACAACAACUCUCAGCUGCCCCUCUAUCUGAGAUUCUUGCCCACUUACCUGCUUCCAGCAUAUGAAGAGGUAGUUGACCGUCCAGCCACGCCUCCUCCUCCCUACACCCCUCUUCAGUCAGCACCUCCACCCAUGGACCCACCCGAGGAAUCUCCUUGCCUACACUCGGCGAUUUCCACCAGUGAUGCUGACGUAGCACUCCCCGCUACUCCAGAAGUCACGCACAGCCACCUUCACAGCGCUUACAACCCCAACAAGGACUUGACGCCGGGCAGGUACCGGCGCUUCACAGGGGAUUCUGGGAUCGAAGUGUGCGACGGCCAGGAACUGUGGGAUCAGCACAGCUUUUUAGAAAGAGAAGAAGAGACCGAGGAAGAGAGGACGGGGCAAAUGGAGGACCCAUGUGAUGGCUCAGGUCCCCAGACCUUUGAACACAGCCAUAUUAAUGAUGAAGCCAUUCAUGAAAACACAGACAGACACACAGCUGUGGACACAGAGCCACAGUCUCUUAGGUAGUCCACAAUCAUGUCUUUAAUAUUUGCAGUCCUGAAACAUAACUCUGCAGCAGUCACAGAUGCAAUAUUAUACCUUGGUCUGUUUCUACCUGUGUACGUUUGACUGUUUGUGACGGGCCUGGAGACAUUGACAUUGAAAGCUACAUUAUGCAACGUCUGGUUCCAAGCAUGGAUAAAUGUUUUCCAUUUUCAAGCUGAAGUUUGGACAGUUACUACUUGUGGUGAUGAGCUGCCCGUUCUUUCACCUUUGCUCACACGGUUCUUUUACUUUGUUCUAUUGUUCUCACAGUACUUCAUGUAACUAAAGGGGCUGUUGCUCUGUCACUGGCUGUACCAUUAGACGAGGAUCGCUGCAACGCUCAGCAAUCUGAUCAUAUAUAGAACCAAUCACAGUGUUUGUUUACAAUAACUUCUGGGUAGACAACUGCUGCGUCAUUUAUAUACAAUUUAAUGACAGCAAUGGGUGUUAUUUCAAAUUGAGACAUCUGCUACUCUUAAAUUGGAUCCCAGUUAGCUUCCACAAACUGGUCACUAAUCUUCCUGGAGUCCACACAAAAACAAUAACAAUAAAAAUAAACAAUUUAAAAUCACACAGUAUCAAUGAAACAAGAACAAAAGUCAAAUAUAAAGUUUAACAUCUCAUUCAUCAAAAUGUACGUUUUAUGCUUUUUUGAUAUCAUUAAUAACGCUUUGACUAACGUUAGGUUGGAGACCUAAUGCACUUGUUGGACCACAGAAAAUGAGGCUUGAGCUCACCCAGAGCUAAUCUGAUGGACGGUGAGAUGUUGCUGUUGGAUAUAUUUGGUUUAUCAAAGCCGCUAGCAAAGCAGUCUAUAACAUAAGCACAGCAGUAUUUAAUCUUUAAAUGCUGAAAAUGAACAGGCAGGAAUCAACACAUUUGCAGAUUUGACAUAUCUCUUUAAAUCAACUAGUUGUCUACCCAGAAGUGUUAGAGCAGCGUCACAGUGAUUGGUUUCACAGGACAUUUUACAUGUCAGCCCCCUCUUGUAGACAAACUGUGUAAAGGAGACGACGUUUCUAAAUCUCUUCAAGCAAUCCGUCGACAUUGUUGUUCUUGCAUUUCUUGUUGGUUCUUGUGUAUAAGCUGAUACUGAUAUAUCAGUGGUAAUCUAGAAUUGUCCAGCUGAUUGAGUGGUAGCUAGCUCUGUAAUGUCUCAGGUCCCCUUUUAUUGAUUACAAGGUGAAUCCAACCGGAGGCAGGCAUUAAAGGUCCAGUGUGUAACAUUGAGGAGGAUCUAUUGUCAGAAAUGGAAUAUAAUAUUCAUAGCUAUGUUUUCAUUAGUGUAUAAUCACCUGAAAAUAAGAAUCAUUGUGUUUUUGUUACCUUAGAAUGAGACUUUUAUAUCUAUGUUUUUCGUGUUUAACAGCCACCGUAGUUUACCCUUCAUGCUUUGAAGGGGAGGGUGAAGAUGGCCCUAAUUGCUACACACUGGUUCUUUUUAAGAAUAACUAUAUAGAAAUAGCCAGUCUUCUUGCUGAUGGCCGAGUUUGUUUAUGUAGUUCAUGUAAAGGGCAUCAGUAUUAAAUUGUAGUAUAUUUCAGCUGUUUAACAGCCUUAUGCUACGUGAGCUGGGAUUGCCUUGUCCAAACAAGGCCAGGUUCAAACUGAACAGCAUCUGAACUGCAGCCGAAGCACUCACAGGAAUGCCACACAUCUACAUACUGUACAAAACAGUCCGUUCUUAGUAAUGCUGCACAUGAAGUCCUCUCACCGAUCUUUAAGCUCACCUGUCACCUUCACUGACAAACCUACAGAACAACUUUGUGUAUUUGGACUCUGGUGUCUUCAGCUAGUUCCUGCUUUAUAUGAACUGAUGUGUUCAAUGUGUCCAACACACUCGUGCACAUUUUGAAUCUAAAAUUACACAACAUUUACAGCUGAUUGACAUGUACAGGACUAUGCAUGAGCGUUGCCAACAUUAGGUGUGUGUGACUCAGACUCUACUGUAGCUGAACUGAUGACAGAGCCACAGACCCAACAUAGCCACGUCUGUUUGUCCAUUAAAAGACGCAUAAUGUAGUUUUUAAGGAAAAUUGUCAGGUAGGGUAGCCAAUCAAUUUGUCAGGUUUUUAUUUUCUCCUCUCUUAUUGAUGGAGACAGUUUUUACAUGCUUUCUCUGAAAGUAUUUUAAAUCCGAUUAGUCUUUUAGGAAAAGAAAUGUGUGAGCAUGCAUACACUUUUUUUUUUUAAAUGGCUGGACUGGGUAUGACAAACUACAGUAUCAUGAUCUGUCUUCAGUCAGUCUUCUGUCUUAGUUUGAUUUAACACUUACAUAUUCAUUGGCAUGUCCGUCUUUUUUAAAUCACUGUUCCAUAAAUUGGAAAAUGCACCAGCUAGUGUAGUCUGGUAGAACCAGGCUUAAUAUUUAUAUAGAAUAUUAUAUAUAAUAAUUAUAGAAUAUUGUAAAAACUCCAAUCAUGCUGAAAUGCUUUUUAUAGAAAUGUUAAAAAAACUUUAUUGAUUAUUGAAAAGCCCCAGCAGCACACUGUAGAUUCACUGCCCCACUCCUCCUCACACAGGAUGGGUAAAUGAUCAGCUCUCUGCUCCCUUCUGCUGAUUAUUAGCCCUUGUGUUCAGCCCGCUGUCACACUGGUGUUGUUUUCUGAUGCCAUGAUGUGUAGCCUCAUGUAGCCCUUUGAGUAGAGAAUAUUUAGGUAAACUGAAUGAAAGCUCUGGAGUGUCUUUGAGUGACUCUUCAGUGUAAUUAAUGUGAUGUAAUGCAGGAUGUAGUUUGCACACAUCAGAGCUGGGUUCACUACUUCACAAACAGUUUGCUCACUGUAGAUAUUUCAUGAUCUGAAAAUAUUACCAUCAGUGAGUUUAUUCUGAAAGCACACACACAUCCAUCAGUGUGUGUGUGUGUGUGUGUGUGUGUGUGUGUACGUACAAAGGGAGUGACUGACAGGUGCAGGUGGAGGAUACACUCUGUUGGGAAGCUGACUGUGCACUGAGGGCUCUUUCUCCAAUUGCCCCCCCUCAGAUUCCUCUGUCCUGGAUUUAGAUAUGUAAAAUAGGCUAAUCUGUUUUGAAAGGAGAACCACAUUCUGAGGAUGGUCUAAAGUUAAAAGUGACAUAUAUAUAUAUAUAUAUAUAUAUAUAUAGUUACAUCUUAAGUUGGCUAAUGUUAGCAAAACACUAGCUAGUUAGCUAAAUAAUGAUUUAUGUAAAUGAGUUGGUUGUUAGCUAGCAUUUUGCUAACUUAAGAUGUGGCUAUAUAUGUCACUGCGACCUUCUGACCAUCUUCAUGAUGUGGUUGUUUCAACAUAGAUUAGCCUAGCAUAUAGCAUAUCUAAGUACAGGAAAGGAGGAAGUUGAUUGAGGUUUUCUCAACUGUUAUUGGAGCACAGAGCUAAAAGGGGUGGGACUUAGGGAAGGGUCAAUGCAGCACUUCCUCACGUAGGCAGCAGUGAACAGUGGUCUUCAUCACUGCUUCCCUCUGUAUACACGCUCUUUGUUACCUGCUCAAUGAAAUUAUAUUUUUCUGUCACAUUUUGUAUAAAAUAUGGUUAUUAAAAGUUAUGGAGACAA